GACGCAGGUGCCUUUGUUCGCAUAUGGGCAAGUGAUCGUGUAUGCUAAAUGGAGUGGCAUCGUCGCAGGCGCAUGGACGAGUAAGCGGCGCAAGGUAUAGGAUGCUCAACAUGGAUCCGACAGGCCACAACGCCAAAGCCCAGCCUUUACCUAAAAGUUUGGCGGCCCAUACAUGGCAGCCUUCAGAUGAAUUCGGGAACUUCGAAGGCGCGCAAAUGGUUGCCGUCUCCCCCAACUUCGACGAAGCAGGACCCAUCGGACAGACCGUCGCGCAGCAUCCGCAGCCCCCACCGUCCGCUGAUGAUUGGACCGAUGGAGACGUCGUGGCGUCGUUCUCACCAAUUCAGACUCGAUUUCCAGCACCGCCGAGCGGACAGCCGAUUGAAACGAGCGCUCAAGAUGAGGCAUUCUUUCGCGCGCUGGAACAAGAUGCAAGGGAAAAAGCCGCUCGAGUCCCGUCCCCACCGAUGAUCGACCUCAGAGACGUCGAGCGCAAGCUCAGCCUAACGGAGUCCAAAAGCGAAGCCAUUGAAAAUGAAUUCUCCAGAUCCCAUCGAGCUGACUCGAGCGCAGAUGAAAGGUUUUUUGCGGCUUUUGAGAUAGAUGCGCAGCCGAGCGGAGCCGGGAAACCAGCGGGGCUUUCAGGUACAGCGCUGGAGCACAUGACAGAGGCGCAGGCAACACCAAUGGAUCUGAAGGCGAAAGAGUCGCAAGGGUGGUUAGACUAUCUAACUGGCGACGAAGAUUCGCAAGCCAAGUCGCCUCAGAGCGCGGGGUCCAGCAGCUGGUCCGAAACGGCUGGGCAUUUUGCGGGCGGACUGAAGAAGACACUCGGUACACUGCGACAUCGUGCGGGAGACGUCAUGAGCCACCUUCCAAGCGCUUCAGACUUUCUGGUGCCUCCCGAUGAUGAGGAGUUCCACGACUUCCAAGCGGCUAUGUUGCCCAAGCAUGUACAGCGAACCAUUCCACCCGACCCACGCGGCCAAAAGACGCCCGAGCAGUCAGCUAACCCCCUUGUCCAGAACGAGGGCGCGCGGCGAAUUAGUCAACCUGACAGUACACCGACAAAGUCACAUUCAGCCUCGAACAGCUCGCUCUCCCCAUCGUUCGGAGGUGGGACCGGUAGCUGGCACGCCAAUGGCUCGGACAGUAGCUCUGCACCGCACCAUUAUCCACCACCGCGAGCAGGCUCACUUCCCAUCUCAGGCGCGCCUGGAUUUGAUGCAUAUCUCUCCGCAACUGACCAGCAAUGGAACACUGGUCAUUGGAAGAUGGAGGAGAAGGAGAAGCACCGCAAGUACAUCCCUGUCAGUCUGACGGGACGCCGUGAAGAGACUUCGGAGGUCAUUGAGCAAUGGCAUGCGGCGCGGAUCCAGGCGGCACUGCCUCCACGGCUACAGCUCGGCAAGACAUGGAGGCUGGUCUACUCGCUUGAUCAGCACGGCAUCAGCCUGGGCACCCUCUAUCAUAACGUGGCAAAAGCACUGGACCCAACCUUAGCGAAGAAAUCUGUAGCGGGGCUUCAGGACGCCGAGGGCUGGCUACGUGGUGCUAGCGCUGAAACGCAAGGUGCACUCGGCGUCGGCAGCGGUGGUGGCAGAGUCAAGCAUGUGGGCGGUGGCCUGGCCCUAUCAGAUGCAGGUCUUGUGAUCGGAAUUCGUGAUGCAGAGGACAACGUUUUUGGCGCUUUCGUCAACGAGCGUCUUCGCCCUCAACCGCACUACUAUGGCAGUGGCGAGUGCUUCUUGUGGAAGACUACAUGCGAAAAUUCGCCGCAAGCUCCUGAUGUUGAUACAAAGAGCGACUCGUCCGAUGCGCACAAGCGACUGAAAGUCUACAAGUGGACCGGCCGCAAUGAAUACAUGAUCUUCACGGAAGCGCAUUUCCUCUCGGUUGGAGGUGGCGAGGGUCGCUUUGGCCUUUGGAUCGACGAUGCGCUUGAAAACGGCGUUUCGUCGCGUUGUCCUGCAUUCGACAACGACAUUCUUUGCGACGGCAGCUCUGCAACAACCUCGGUCGAUGCGAAAGAGGGCAGAUUUGAAUGUCUCGGUUUGGAGGUAUGGGCUGUCGGCACAGAUUGAUGAAAUUGCAUUGUAUUGGGUGCCGCAUUUCAUGCAUUGUACAACAGAAAACGUCCAUACUUGAUUUCCAGUUCAA